GUUGUUGUCCGGUCCGGGGAGGCAGAGGUCGCUCGCGGCUUCGCUGGGGGACUGGGGGCGGUCGGCUGGCAGGUCGGUCGCGAGAGUCGGGCGCCGUGCAGGGGCGAGGCUAUGUCGCGGUGGCAGCCCGGACGGGCCGGCUGGGCCGGGAGUAACGGGACGUCUUCGCGGAGCUUCUUCCCCCGGAUAUCGUGCGGCCCGAGCGGAGACCGCGGCGCCGCCCCCCGGCCGUGAGAGGCCCGCGCCGCCCUCUCGGCGCACCACAAGCCGGCGCAGCCCGAUCGAGCCCGGCCCAGCAGGGGCUUCUGCUUUCUGGAGGGGGCUGAAUGCAGAGCCGGGCCAGCACCCAUGAAGCUGCCCCUUCCUUAGGCAACAGCAGCUAGCUCCUCAGCGCACAGGACUUCUCCGAGGACAUGAAGCUGUUGGAGAACUCCAGCUUCGAGGCCAUUAACUCGCAGCUCACCGUGGAGACGGGAGAUGCUCACAUCAUUGGCAGGAUUGAGAGCUACUCAUGCAAGAUGGCGGGCGAUGACAAGCAUAUGUUCAAGCAGUUCUGCCAGGAGGGGCAGCCCCACGUGCUGGAGGCACUGUCCCCGCCACAGACGUCUGGCCUCAGUCCCAGCAGACUGAGCAAGAGCCAAGGAGGCGAGGAUGAGGGCCCGCUGAGCGACAAGUGCAGCCGCAAGACGCUCUUCUACCUGAUCGCCACACUCAACGAGUCCUUCCGGCCCGACUACGACUUCAGCACGGCACGGAGCCACGAGUUCAGCCGGGAGCCCAGCCUCAGCUGGGUGGUGAAUGCAGUCAACUGCAGCCUGUUCUCGGCCGUUCGGGAAGACUUCAAAGCCCUGAAGCCGCAGCUGUGGAAUGCAGUGGACGAGGAGAUCUGCCUGGCGGAGUGUGACAUCUACAGCUACAACCCAGACCUGGACUCGGACCCCUUUGGAGAGGAUGGGAGCCUCUGGUCAUUCAACUACUUCUUCUAUAAUAAGCGUCUUAAGAGGAUCGUGUUCUUCAGCUGCCGCUCCAUCAGUGGGUCCACGUACACUCCCUCUGAGGCGGGCAACGAGCUGGACAUGGAGCUGGGGGAGGAAGAAGAGGAGGAGGAGGAGGAGGAAGAGAGCGGGGGUGGAGGCAGCGAGGGAGGACCUGAAGAGAGUGGCACCGUGGAGGAGGACAGGUACGUGCUGGCUGUGGUGACCCGGCCCCUGAGCCUAGAGCAGCCAAGACAGCCUGGGGCCCUCUGCCUGACCCUUCACGGCCUGCUCUGUGCCUGCUCCUGCCCAGGGUCCCAGUUAUGUGUAUGUGAGGGGCAGGAGCAGAGACCCCGGCUUCAUCCAGCUUCAACCAGUGCCUGGACCUGCCCACUUGCUGCUGACCCGACCCCGGUGCUGCCACAACUCCAGCACCAUCCAGGUCAUUUUGACUUGGCCCUUGGCCUCCUGCAUAUGGACGUCCACUCAGCCCACAGGCUUCUGCUGCCCACAUGGUGGCAGGACUGAACAGUAUCGGGCCUGUUGGGUAGAGCCUCUGCCCUGCCCUAAUGAGCUGACUGGACGGGGCUGCAGGAUCAUAGAGUUUAUUUUUGUAUUUUGUACUGGCUUGGGCCUGGGCCUGCACACUCCGGUCCCAAGGGCCAAGACCCAGCAAGCAGGCCGCCCAGUGGUCAUUCUCCUAGGCCUGGCCAAUCCCGGACGCCCACCUGUAAACCCCACCUUGCCCACUGGGCAGUGUGCACUGAGUGUCACUUUGCUGCAGCUCGUUUGUUUCCAAUAAAAGUUUGUGACUUCA